GUACCGGCGAGGCUGAGGUGGCGGCGGCGAGCGGCAUCGCGAGGGCGCCGCCAUGAGCCGCAGCUACAAUGACGAGCUGCAGUUCCUGGACAAGCUGGACAAGAACUGCUGGCGGAUCAAGAAGGGCUUCGUGCCCAACAUGCAUGUGGAGGGUGUUUUCUACGUGAACGACCCUCUGGAGAAGCUGAUGUUCGAGGAGCUGCGCAACGCCUGCCGUGGUGGGGGUGCGGGUGGGUUUUUGCCUGCGAUGAAACAGAUUGGGAACGUGGCAGCGUUGCCUGGCAUCGUUCACAGAUCGAUAGGCCUGCCAGAUGUCCAUUCGGGCUAUGGGUUUGCCAUUGGCAACAUGGCUGCAUUUGACAUGAAUGAUCCUGAAGCAGUGGUUUCACCAGGUGGUGUCGGAUUUGACAUCAACUGUGGUGUCCGCUUACUGCGUACAAAUUUGGAUGAAAGUGAUGUGCAGCCUGUGAAGGAGCAGCUUGCCCAAGCCAUGUUUGACCACAUUCCUGUUGGUGUCGGCUCCAAGGGUGUCAUCCCCAUGAAUGCCAAGGAUUUGGAAGAGGCACUAGAGAUGGGUGUGGACUGGUCUCUCCGGGAAGGCUAUGCCUGGGCAGAGGACAAGGAGCACUGUGAGGAGUAUGGAAGAAUGCUGCAGGCUGAUCCCAACAAGGUCUCCUCAAGAGCAAAGAAAAGGGGCCUACCUCAGCUGGGGACCCUGGGAGCAGGAAAUCAUUACGCCGAGAUCCAGGUCGUGGAUGACAUUUACAACGAAUACGCUGCCCGGAAGAUGGGCAUCGACCACAAAGGGCAGGUGUGCGUCAUGAUCCACAGUGGCAGCAGAGGUUUGGGCCACCAAGUUGCCACAGAUGCACUGGUGGCUAUGGAAAAAGCUAUGAAACGGGACAAAAUUAUAGUGAAUGAUCGGCAACUAGCAUGCGCCAGGAUUGCCUCUGUAGAGGGGCAGGAUUACUUGAAGGGAAUGGCAGCUGCUGGAAACUACGCGUGGGUCAACCGCUCUUCUAUGACUUUUCUAACAAGACAGGCCUUUGCCAAAGUCUUCAACACCACCCCAGAUGACCUCGAUAUGCACGUUAUCUAUGACGUGUCUCACAACAUUGCCAAAGUGGAGCAACACGUGGUGGAUGGGAAGGAGCGAACUCUGUUGGUGCACAGAAAAGGGUCAACCAGAGCCUUCCCUCCUCACCAUCCUCUUAUUGCUGUUGAUUAUCAACUGACCGGACAGCCUGUUUUGAUCGGUGGGACCAUGGGCACCUGUAGCUACGUUCUUACUGGCACAGAGCAAGGCAUGACUGAGACCUUCGGAACUACUUGCCAUGGAGCUGGUCGUGCACUGUCUCGAGCCAAAUCUCGACGUAACUUGGACUUCCAGGAUGUAUUGGACAAGCUGGCUGACAUGGGCAUUGCCAUCCGCGUUGCUUCUCCCAAACUGGUCAUGGAAGAAGCACCAGAGUCUUACAAGAACGUGACAGAUGUGGUUAAUACCUGCCACGCGGCUGGCAUCAGCAAGAAAGCCAUAAAGUUGAGACCUAUUGCUGUUAUAAAAGGCUAGAAAGUGACAAGGCAGCAGAAACCCAGUGACAUCUCCAGGCCUUCUGCAGAACUGACUAGAAUCUUCCCAUACCUCUUGGGCUCUGUAAUAUGCUCAGAUAUCACACCCCUGUUCUGGAAACACAGCAGUGGAGGAUACCCCUAUUUUUAAUGACUUCUACACAAAAUUAAUGCCCCCCCUCCGCCUUCUUGUUAUAUGAUGCUCUUUUCUUGGGAGAAAAGGGUAAAGAUAACAGUCUUGGCUUUUGAAAUGCAGUAUCACCCGUUAGGCUGAUUGUUCCACAGGCAGGACUUCAGACUUGCCUGAGUUCUCACUAAUUGCUGUGCUGCAAGACCACCUCCAUCAGCAAAGAUGGCCUGUGAGCCCGACCUCCUGUCUCCACACCCGAGUGCCUGGAGCUCUUCCUGCGUACAGAAAUACUCUGACAGGCAGCGUAUGGCGCUGCUGGGCAGGGAGAGGUCGCUCUGUUUGCAGAUGGGUAAAAUGGGGAGUUGGGAGUGGUCUCCUGCUUGUGUUGAGAGGGAUUAGCUAGGCUUGAGGCGCAGUCCUCUUCUCUUCCCCCACCCUCUCCCAUGUACCACAGCGCCUGGUGUACUUGGCUCAGCCCAAGUAGGUGUUCUGCAGUCUUCUCUAAAUGGCAGUGGGAUUCGGUUUGUUACUUUGAAAGGUUUUGUUUGCCCAAUAAAAGUUGUGACUUAACUUAGAGAUGCGCUAAUCCAACGUUUUGCAAAGCCCUAAGCAAGUGAAAGUUGGAUUGGAUGAUGUUUGCUGCGUCCUGCAACUGAUUGAAGUGGGUCAUGUUGCAGGGUCAGGCCCAGUAGGAUGUGACUGCUUUCAGCCAAUGUUUCUUUUAUGUUCAUUAAAUGAGACCGGAGCGGGGGCUGACCAGUAGAUCAUAUUGGGAAUUAUAAAUAAAAUGGGAAGAUGGACACUGCGGUGUGUCUGUGUCAUGUUUGUUACGUGCCUGGAAUGUCUGUACACCUCUCAGUACCAGCUUGGUUGCCACGACAUCUUGUGGCUUCGGUCGAUGUACCUUGCAAAGAAACGUGCAGAUGGCAGGAUUUCUUGUAGGUGAAGGGGAAUGCAGUGCUGUUUUGUCAGCUUGGUUACAAGUGUGGUUGCUAUGAGCCCUGGGCCCUCAGUGGUAGGUGAAGCCUGCCUGUAAGCCCGUACGCAGACACAAGAGGGCAGCCGGAGGAAAAUCUCAGAGCAAGAAUGGAGCCGUGCCGGGGACUCGUGUAAAGGGAGCAGGUUGUGAUGUGUGGACUUGACUGCCUUUUGAGGAAACAUCCCUUUGGGUUUAGGAUCUUAGCAGACACCUGUUGAUGCCAAGAUGCAUAAUGGCAUGUUGCUGUCUGAAUCACUCUUAUUGGUUCCUUACGUUGCAGCAUUGUAUUUGUUGCAGGGUCAGAGGCAGCACAUGCAGUACUAGUCACUGCCUUGAUUCCUUUUGGUUCUGACUUUAAAGAGAGCGCCUUGUUUUCUGCUUUCUCCUGUGGAAUUGCUCCAGAUUAUCAUCUCUGAUCUGAGACAGACUCACUGAAUUUCAAACACAAAUAAUUUCACAUAGCAAUGUGAAUUAGCCUCAUGGAGCUGCUGACUGAAAGACAAAUUGUUGGUCUGUUUCCUGCACAAGUGCAUGUUCCAUUCAGCAGCUUCUGUAUAUAAAUACUGCAGACCCUCUGAUGUGAAAUGCAAGGGAGCUCUUAAAACAUUAAUAUU